AUGGCGAUCAAGGAUUUUUGGGCCGGGAUUGGAUCAGCUCUGGCGUUUUUACUUGCCCUCAUCACCAUGGCCAUGAACCAAUCCAGGAUCAAACUGUUGAUCAACAAGAUCAGCGUCUACUUCAACCCAUACGAAAAAAUCACCAUCCCAGAGCACGGCGCCGAGCGUUUCCAACGCAGCGACUUGUUCGUCGUGAUCGAGGCCUACCUCUCCGACUUGUGCCGUGAACUUGGGGCGCGCAAGCUCAAGGCCGAGCUGGAGAGCCACAUGCAAAAGCCCCAGGUGUCGGUUGACGACGACCUUGAGAUAAUUGAUACCUUCAUGUGGUGCCACGCUCUGGUUGGCCGUGACGUCAUCGCCCAGAACCGCCAGCGCCGCCUCUUCACCAACAACCCAAGCAGCCGCUGGAGCUCCUACGGCGGCGGACACAAGACGAUCUGGAGCCACAUGGAUUUCCGGCACCCGGCGAAGUUUGACACGCUCGCUAUGGAGCCUGCCAAAAAGGAGGAGAUCAAGGAUGAUCUCAACGCCUUCAAGGUUGGAAAGAGCUACUACGACAAGGUCGGCAAGGCAUGGAAGCGUGGAUACCUGCUGUUUGGGCCGCCAGGCACCGGGAAGUCCAUGAUGAUCGCCGCCAUGGCCAACCACCUGAACUACGAUAUCUACGACUUGGAGCUCACGGCGGUGAAGAACAACACGGAGCUGCGGAAGCUCCUCACCGAGACCAAGGGAAAAUCCAUCAUCGUCAUCGAGGACAUUGACUGCUCGGUCGACCUCACCAACAAGCGCAGGGACAUGAAGGCCGACAAGAAGUCCGACGACCAGAGCGACGUGAAGACCAUGCUACAGAAGAAGGAGGAUGAGAAGGACGACGAAGCCAGCAAGCUGACCCUUUCUGGGGUGCUCAGCUUCAUCGACGGGCUAUGGUCGGCGUGCUGCGAAGAGCGCAUCUUCGUCUUCACCACCAACUACAAGGACAAGCUGGACCCAGCGCUGAUCCGGCGAGGCAGGAUGGACAUGCACAUCGAGAUGUCCUACUGUCGCUACGAGGCGUUCAAGGUGCUGGCCCAUAACUACCUGGACAUCGACGAGCGCCAGUUUUUCGAGCUGUUCGGUGAGAUACACCGGCUGCUGGAACAGGUUGAUAUGUCUCCUGCGGACGUUGCCGAGCACCUGAUAAGGACGGAGAAGAAGGAUGCCGGCGCGUGCUUGGAGCGUCUCGUCAGAGAUCUGAAAAAGUUAAAUGCCCAGAAGAACCCGGCAGCCGAUUGUCCUCCACAGGAUCCAGUUCUGACGGUGACGCCGGAUUUAAACCCGACAGUGAUCAAUAUAUUUGAGAAAGCAAGGGACAGUACAUUGGAGUCAUAA